GCCGGGACUCAGUGAAUCAUCUUCCGUUAUCUGAUUGGUUGUGGUAGAUCGAGGCUUCGUUUUUGUAAACCGAAGCCUGAAUAUGCGCGGUUAUGUGGGUUUUUCUCGGGACCGAAGGUGCCCAUGAAAUCUCCCGAUCAGGUGUGUCGUCGGUCGGUUCUGUUUGCAAACUUUUGUCGUCGACAUGCUCGAAAGUGUGCAGCGCGGGAUGUGUAAUUGCUCUUUUUGUGAUUGUUACCGCGCUAAGUAUCAUAGGCUGCAAGUCGAUGCCUCUGGUCUCCCCCAACAGAGGAAAUUUAUCGGUGUCUGGUAUUUCCGAAGCUGUUGUAUAUAUGACCAAAUAUGGCUACCUCCCACCGUCCGAUCCUAGUUCAGAAAACCUGCGGACGGAGAACCAGCUUCGCCAAGCGAUUGCCACUAUGCAAAGAUUCGGCAACCUGCCCCCGACCGGAGUAGUGGACGAAGCUACGCUACAGCUUAUGCGCCGCAAAAGAUGCGGUGUACCGGAUAUUCUUCUCGGCAAUAAUCCGUAUCGUAUUAGACGAUACGCUAUACAAGGGCAAAAAUGGCCGAAGACCAAUCUGACCUGGGGAGUCAAAAGCAAUGAUUCGGCGGCUGAUGUUCGUAUGGUGCGUGCACAGUUGCGCAGAGCAUUCAAUAUCUGGAGCGAAGUCUCUGCCCUGACGUUCACAGAGGUGCGAGGAAACACAGCCGACAUCUUCGUCUCUUUCUUGAAAGGCCAGCAUGGAGAUGGAUACCCCUUUGAUGGGGAAGGUUCGGUUCUCGCCCAUGCAUUUUUUCCUGGGGAAGGGAUCGGAGGAGAUGCUCAUUUCGAUGCCGAAGAGAAAUGGCUGCCUUCGCAACCCGAAACUGAAGAUGAUGAUGGCGUGAAUUUAUUUGCCGUGGCAGCGCAUGAAAUAGGACAUUCUCUAGGACUGUCCCAUUCAUCUAUACCAGGAUCCUUGAUGUUUCCGUAUUAUCAAGUGAUUGGCGAACAUUUCCGUUUGCCCAGAGAUGAUGUGGAAGGAAUAAGGCACCUAUAUGGUGUUAAAGAUCCAAAGAACCAGCCCACCAUGCCAACGAUGUCUACUAUAAAAACGACAAAAAAGACAACAACGACAACAUCUCAAACGACGGCUGCUCGAGAGACUGAAGUCAUUCCUUGGAAAACUACAUUCAAGCCCCGUAUGAUCCCCAUCCAUCCAUCGACGAGUGUUCCAAUUGUCCCCGAUAUCUGUAACUCCUCCAUUGAUGCUAUAUCUGUUAUCAGAAGAGAAGUUUUUGUUUUUAAAGGAAAACACUUCUGGCGUUUGGACACAAAUAGAACUUUGAGAGCUGGAUAUCCAGUAUCAAUAAAUCGAUUUUGGUAUGACCUGCCAUCUGAUAUCAAAAGAAUUGAUGCUUUGUAUGAAAGACCUACAGACACCAAAAUUGUUUUCUUUUCUGGCAAACAACAUUGGCUAUUUUCUGCUAAUCGUGUAGAACCUGGAUAUCCUAGGCCACUAACGGAUCUCGGUCUUCCGUCCGACCUAGAAAAAAUCGAUGCGGCGAUGGUCUGGGGACACAAUGGCAAGACAUAUCUUUUCAGUGGCAAGGAAUACUGGAAGUUGGACGAAGAAGACGGUACUGUGGAACUGGAUUAUCCCAGAAAAAUGAGUGCAUGGAGGGGAGUGCCGUUCAACAUUGAUGCUGCAUUUCAGUGGAUAGACGGAAAUACUUACUUCUUCAAAGGAAAGAGAUUUUGGAAAUUCAUUGAUGUUAAAAUGAGAGUGGACAAAGUCGUGUCUGAAAUGGGAGGAUUCUGGUUCAAGUGCCCUGGAAAAACGAUUGAAAAAACUGCACCAGUGACAGAAAAGCCUCCCAAAUUUGAAAAAGAAUUGGAAAACUGUGCCCAAAUCCGUUCGUUGUCAGUUUUAUGUCUGUUGAUUGUAUUAGCUUUGUUAAAGUAGAAAUAUGUCCAUUUAAAUUAUACUUAAUAAACCAUUAGUGAGAUGUAUUAAAUGUGGAAGUUGUAA